AUGACGAAGGGUGCACUGACACUUGAUGAAUUUCUGUGGAAGAGGUUAUCGGAGUUGCUGAAGGAGGCUACUGGUUUUUAUAAUACUCAUAGGCACACUGCUCCAGUCGCUGACAUUGAACGCGAGAGAAUAAGAACACGCCUCCAGCAGCAGGCAUUGAAGGAAAAAUCCCUUAUGGCUCAACAUGUGAAUUUCACAUCGGCACCCCAUGCCGUGGAGCUGGACUAUAUUGUCACUGUUGUUGCCUGUGCGCUUCUGAAUCCCAUUCAUGUCAAUUGUUAUGUGAUGGACAAGGGAGUGCUGAAGAAGAAUGGCAAGCAGGACUGCCAAGGACCAAUGCUAGUCAUCUUAGAGCCUGCAGUUAUUCUGGACACGAACAAUAAGGUUCUUACAUGGUAUCUGCCAGGUAUCUUGGGACAAGCACGUAUAAACGACUACAAUGAUGCGACUUGUGAAAUAAACCAGUUACUUCAGAGAACAGUUUCACAAGGUGGAAACUUUCAGACAGAUGCAGAUCUGUUCAUUGCAGCCCCCGGUGGACGGUUCAACCCAGACUCUCUGGACAUCUCUGCUGGAUGGUUUGCACAAGGACAUAAUGUGAGUUUGGACAUCAAUGCCACAUUUAUAUGA